UUUAUUGGCUUUCCCAAAAUGCUUUCCAUACCAAAAAUGCACUAUAUAAGACUGAACAGAUGUGGUGACGGGUAUCAGUUCUACUUUUGACCGUGGAUGGUGCAACUCAGUUAGUGAAUUCCAUAGCAUCAUGAUGGCAAGAGUACUACAAAUCGUUCUGGUGUUCGGACUACUACAGGUUUCGCUAGCCCGUGUAGUUGCUCCAACUCCAGUGACAACUUCAACUCCCUCGACAGUGGGAGACUUUUUCAAGAAUCUCACCGAUUUCGGACAGAAAGUUCAGAAGGCACUCACUGAAACCCAGGAGGUUGUGGCGAAAUCGCUUGGUUUUCAAUCCAACCAGGAAGUAGUUGAGACACUACAGAACAACACCCAUAAGUACGUCGAGCAGCUCAAAACACUACACACCACGCUCCAGAAGGAAGGUGCGAAGCAUGCCGACAUUUUCGAACCGGUGGUUAAGGAUCUGAAUGUAAAGUUGGCCGAAACGACCAAGAAACUAAGCGAACAGAAACCGGAGAUCAUUCAGAAGGCCAAGGAAUACCACGAAACAGUGCAAGCCAACAUCCAAUCGUUGGUGACGGAAGCCAAGAAAGCCGGCGAUCGCCUGAAGGACGAGAGCCGCGGUGCCACCGAUCAGCUGCAAUCUGCUUUGAAACAAUUGUACGAAAUUACGGUUGACAACCUUAAGAAGACUGUGAACGAAUUGGAAGCUAAAACUAAGAAGCGAGAAUAA